UAUUCACAGAAUUCUUUUAUUCCCUUUAUUCUUAGAUCCGUCUUUAGUUACCUUUUCUGUAAUGAAACCACUGCCCUCUCUGAAGCCUGAGUUCCUCUUCUAAAGUAACACCACUACCACCUUUUUUCUUUAUCAUCAUGUUUUUUGGGGAAAUUGUCUACACUCACUGCUACAUGUCCUCUAUCAUCUAAUGAAGGUAUUUGUCCAUUACUGGAUUUUUUUUUUUUUCUUAGAGAUCAGUAGUAAUCAAAUUGAACAGCCUGUGCCCUCUCAGGAUGUGUGUUCUGUGGCAGUGGAAAAAUGACAGCAAAAGAGGGAAACAACUUGUGGAAUCUAGUCCCAUAAAUGGAGGUAGCUGCCCAAGUGACUGUCAAUCAGAUAUUUGAGUUGCACACAACAGGUGCAUUUACCUGGUUUCAGAAUUGAAGCAGACUUAGGAAACGUCGCAGAUGUUCUUGGGCUGUUAAUGGGGGACAGGAUUGAUUGCUGUUCAGACAGAGCAAUGUUUCCACUGUUAGUUACUGAGGUAUCCUGUUACCCCAAAGACCCAGAGCCAGAAUAUAAACACUUUGAGUGAUUGCAGUUUUGUGACAACAUAAUACUGGUUCUGUCAUCCUCCUUCAUUGGAUUACCCUCCUCUCUGCUGCUUUAUAAUCCAUGUUUUGAGUUUAGGGCAAAAAUGAGAGCUGAACUGCUACAUUUAAUCCAGUUCUGUAUUUUCAUUUGUCAUUUCAAAGCUAGUAUUAUCGUAACAAGUGUACAAAUCAUCAGACUCCCUGGUUACUUGUUAAUGACAUUCAGUAAGAUAGCCUGCUUGCCCCAUUUUGGAUAAUACCAAUUUCCAGACAAAACGUUAGUCAUCUCCCCUCAGUUUAAGUGCUGUCAAUCAGCUCUCCAUUAGGUAAAAUGGUGAAAACACGCAUCCAGGAUCUUAGAUAUUUAGUGAAGUAGACAUAUUAAAAUCUGAUAACUGCUCAUCAGAAUUUGAAGUGAUUAGGAAGGAAUUAGGAAAUCUAAGAGGUGGGAUUUAAAUUGGGCUUUGAAGAAUGAAAGGUUACAGAGGAUUUGGGAAAGUAAAUUGGAGGCAGUGAGGACAAGUAGAUGUAUGACUGGCACUCGCUCAAGGUUGCGUGGAAGGAGAGUCAAAAUAAGGCAAGUAGGACCCAUUUUGUGGAGGGCUUGCCAUGCAAGGGUAAGAAAUUGGAAUGAUAACGUACACUGGAAGGCGAAUAGAAGUUUUCUGUCACGUUAUAGGAGUAGAACUGAAGGCUGUGUAUAUGAUAGUAUGGAUCAGGUGGUUGGACCACCCAAGAGCUUAUAAUGAGAGGAAUGAGAACUGAAUUAGGCUGCUGACAGAACAGAAAGGAUGGAGUCACAAGUAGGUUGUACUGCAGUUUAAAAAACCAGCACUAAGCACUCUUAUUAAAGCACUUCCUUUAAGCUGUUACACAGAUUGAUCACUAGGAGGCAUCAGUUUAUCAACUAGUAAGGUGAAAAGGAAGGCAGCUGGACACUUACCUAAUAUAAUAAGUCUGGAGAGUUCCGUGUUAAUAUUUAACAUUUUCAACUCAAGGCCUUUUGGAAACUAGUAUCUAUGAAAUAUUUCUUCUGAAUAGUACUUCUAAAUGACAAGGAAGUCUAAACUGCACUCUGUGGGACUAUUUGGUUAUCUUUAUACACUGAUGAGGGUAAAGUGACAUGCUCAUAAUUUACUGGCUUUUAACUAUUUCUUGAAAGAUGUUUGACCUUUGGUUUAUCCAAAUCUUUAAUAAUGACUGUUGUCAUGAGUUUCUACUGUAUGUUGCAAAUUAGUUUACAGAUCAGGAUUUUGUAAUCAUUAUGUAUUAAACACUUAAUAACUUUCCAAGUUCUCUUACAUGUCUUUAAGCCAGUAUUGAUUAAUGGACUUUUAAUCAAGUGUUUGCCUAUGUUACUGCCAAGUAAGAAACUUACCGACUCAGUUCCAUUGUUGUGGUUCUUGUGCUUCGAAAUACUUUUACUAGAAAACAGUAAGAUGCUAGUUUAUACAAAUACUUUUCACAAUAUUAAAUUGCAUGUUGCUUGGGAAAAGUUUUGUGGAUUUAUUUUAGAUGGUGUCUGACUAUAAAAGCAUUUAAGAUUCAGAGAGGCUUAGCAUAGGGUUAUCCAUUUAAAAAUUAUACCAAAUAUAUAUUGGUAUGGCAAAUUUCAAGUCCUUUCAUUGCACAUUUUAAAAGGUAGGAUGCAUCAUGAAAAAUCCGUCAAGCAUUUGAAAAAAAUUGAUAUUCUUUUUAUGAUGGGUAUGGACUUCUGAUUCCAUUCAAGAUUUCUACAUAUGUUGAGCAUCAACUUUGUACCAAGACUUUUUCUAGGUGAUUGGGACACAGAAACAAUGGUCCUUGGCCUCUUGAAUAGCUUGCAUACUAUUCUAGUCGGAAGGGGAACAGAAAUAAGCAAUAGGUACAGUAAAUUAUUGAGUAGAUGUUAGAAGAUAAUAUAUGCUAUGGGACAAAUUAAGGGGAAUUUGGUGGCUACUACUUACAGGGAUCAGGAUAGGCCUGCUGAGCCAAGGCUUGAAGAAGGUGAUGGAGAUGACCCUGAGUGCUAUGCUGAAAAUAGUACCGAGGGUAGAAUCAGGAAGAUAAGUUCAGAGCCCAUUGUAGUGAUCCAAGGGGGAUAUGAUGGUGAUUUGGAUCAGGGUGGUAAUGAAGGAAGUGGACAGAAUCCAGAUGUAGUUGAAGGCAUAACUAAUGGGAUUUCCUGACUCUGUAAAUUGAAUAUUGGGAGAAAAAAAAUCAUUACAAGGCAGGCAUGCUUCUACACACUUAAAGUCCUAGGGCAAGAGCACAAUGGAGACAUAUGUUUAAAUAUUUAAAAGUUCUGUUUAAUGAAAAUAUGCCCAGUGUGCCUAUCUUGAUAAAUACACCUUCAUUAGAACUGAGAAGCCAGGUUUAUAUUAUGCCAAAACAUAACAUGGGGGAAGAGCUGACCCUCAGCCCAUGUCCCACCUUUUCUUCCCACCCCUGGCUCUGAACUGUAUGGCAAGGAGCUUCCUGCACAUUUACUUGGAUGCCAUAGCCAGUAUAUUCAAACUGUCCAUCCCCCUAACACAUCAGUGCAUGCAAUGAUGAUGUAAUGCAUUUCCUGGAACAGCUGGGGCUAUUCUGGGCAGGGUAUUUGGGGUCCUGAGUACCUACAGUGGAGUGCAGAACGAGUAUGCCCUCUGGAUGACAUGUCAUCUUGACUCUAAAGCAUGCAAUCAUAAAGCUCAGGGCCCUGGAUAAGGGCCUUUCCUGGCCUGGUGUUAAGGGCAGUACUGACCUAGGGGUUUUAGUUUGAGCAUCUGUUCAGAGUAUUGAUGUCAACUGAGAAAGGGGGCUGCUGGUAGAAUAGAUGAGGGUGAGGAAAAUAGUUUGGGAGCUCAUUUACAUGUUUGAUUUCUCAGACUACACAAGCAGUACUGUAGAGAGAUGUAAAUGGAGAAUUUUCAACUUACAGUAGCACUGACUGGCCUGGAAUAUAUAAAAAUGAAGGCUACUUUUCACUACAGUUAAUUCUAACCUAUAAACUGGAGCAGUUCCAUUCAGGAAUUUGUUAUAACCUGUCAGGUAUAAAUUAUGGACUUCUCUGACCUAUCCAGAGUGUUCUUUUUCAGUUUUUUUUUUUUUUAAUUAUUCUCUAUAACCUAAAAUCCCCUCAGACUUAAACCUCUAGUGAACUAUUCAGUGAAUGGCUUUACUAGUAAGUGUUCCCUUGCCUAGUAUGUUUAUUAUUUUUUAACUUUAGUGGUUUAUUCUUUGGCAAUAAGCAGUUGGAUAUAAGUUGGGGAUAUAAAUUUGGGACUCUGGCAUAUAGAUAUUAUUAAAAGUGACAAGACUAGGUAUCAAUAAGAGAGCAAGUAUAGAUAAGCGAGCCAAAGACUAAGACGUGGGGCAUUCCAACAUUAAAAGGUUGGAGAGGAGAGAAACUCGUAGAGGAGACACCAGAGAUGUAAAGGAAAACUAAGUGAUGUCCUUGAAGCCAGUGAUGAACUUUAUCCAAGAGAAGAAAAUGAACUGUCCAAUGCUGCUGAUAGACAUCUUUAAAUUGCCAACUGUAAAAUGCACCUUGAAUUAGCCAUUUCAAAUUUGUUUACCAAAGCAAUGGUUUUGUUGGCUAGUUUUCUAAACUUCAGUAACUUUUAAGUGAUAUUUGUAGGUUUUUAUUGUAUAUACAGCUGAAGUUUUGUUUUUUGUUUUUGUUUUUAAACAGAGUUUUGCUCUGUGGCCCAGGCUUGUACAGUGGUGCAAACCUAGCCCCUGCAACCUUGAACUUCUGAGCUCAAACAGUCCUCCACCUCAACCUCACAAGUAGCUGGGACUGCAGGCAUAUGCACCACACCCGGCCAAACUUCUUUUACUUUUGUAGAGUGAGAUCUUGCCAUGUAGCACAGGGCUCAAGGGAUCCUUUUGUCUCAGCCUCCCAGAGUGUUGGUAUUACAGGUGUAAGCCACCACGCCUGGCCCAACGUAUUUUUUUUUUAAGUUAUUUUCUGUGAAUUUACUCAUUGUCUUAAAAAAUUGGCAAAUAUGGCCAUUUUGACAUAUUUGCCAAAUAUUAGCAUACGGCAACUCAAGUAUGUUCUUAAUUUGUUAAGUCACCAACUGUUGGUGGUGACUUGAAAUAAGUAAGAGCAAAGUUGUCACCAAUCUAUGGGAUUUUUAUAUUACUGAUAUUUUUCAGUAAUGCACUGUAGUCAGACCUUGUAGACUUAACUCUGAGCUGCUCACACAAUUACUAAAUCAUUGUGAAAUACCUAACUGGAAAUGCUGGCCUUUAAAGUCUCUAGUUAUAAUUAAAUGGGUGACUUUGAAAAUUGUGCUGGCUGUUCAGACAUUUUCAAAUGAGAACAGAAUGCAUUUGUUUCAGACUGGUAAACUGCAGAAGGUUAAAUAACACCAAAGACACUUGAGUUUCUCCUAAGAAAACGACUUGGGCCUCCAGAUUACAUCUCAUUUUUUUUACCCUAUCAAGUUUGUGUUUUUCCAUAUGAAAUGUCUUUCCCAACUACACCUGCCCUUGGAGAGUCUGAAUAACAGACUUAAAGGACGUAUCCUUUCCAGAUGAGUUGAAGAAUGUCAUCCUCUUAAAAGAAUGAACAGCUGGUCAUGUAGAAAUUCUCUGGAAUGCUCACUCGUCCUACAAGGGGGGAGGGGACAGAAAACAUGUUAGGUGUAGUUUUUUUGUUAUUGGUCUACAGAAUCGUAAAUCUUUGAGACAUAGUUUUACUAGAAGUCUACGUAAUUUUAACAGUUUUCUCUCUCCUGAAAAGAUUGCUAAUUAACAAUGUGAAGGCCAGAGAUCUGGCCAAGCGUAAUUUAGUGGGACUCGGGAUUGCUGGCUGGAUUGUCCCGUUUGAUCAGACGUUGUUGCUUAGAUGAAGAUUCAGGACGCCCUCAUGUAAAAAAGUUAUCCUUUGUUCUGAUUACCUUGGGAUUAAGUUCGAAUUUCUUACCAUGACACACAAAGGAUUCGAUUCUUGCUUAGCUCUCUAAGCUGCUCUCACGUUCUCCUCCCCUCUUGAAUUCUUUGCUCUUGCCGCACAACUAGCAGAUGAGCUAAUCUGUCUGUUCCAGUUUGGGCAUAAUAGCAGCCCUUCCUCUUAACCUUGGCCCACGCUGACUUGUCCAGCCCUGGUUUAAUUCUUCUUCGUGUCCUCGUGAGGGUCCGCACAUACUUGGGGCUGUUUAGGGGUGAAUUUCCCUAGCGGUAGGCUAGGUCUCAGUUACAUCUUACUUCACAGGAAGCGGCUUCUAUACGCAUUGUUUAAAUGUAGGGGUAGGAGGGAUCUGGGAGCAUGGCCUUCCCGGGGUCACAGAUAAAUGAGAUUCCAAAACCAAGAUCUGGCCAGGCGCUUCGAAAGAGAGACCCGCGGAGGCCGAUCAGGCAUUUGGAACUGUGCCUUGCAGUGUGGGAUCUCAGCACCAGACGUUCCCCCGGUUUGUAGUUAGGAAGCUGUUACUGUUUUAAGAGACGUUGCACACCGUCCCGACGGGUCAAGAAGAAAGCCGAAGACAAGCUAGUGCCUGCGGUCGGGGUCGAGAAAAAGCAGGCGAGAUGCGACCUGACGUGGGUCCGCCUUUCUCCACCCUUGGCAAACCCGACAGUUGCACUAUUGCUUUCACAAUCGCCCUCUGCAAGAAGAGCUACUUAAUGACCGUGAGCGAACAUGCGUGGGAAGCACGGUGUCCUCUCUGUGCGCUCAGUUGUUUACCCAGCGUCCGGGGCAGGCACACCCGCGGGACUUGCGAGCCUCGGCCCCGGCCUCCCAGCUCACCCAGGCCACAACGCUGGUUCUGCGGGCUCUCGGAGCCCAGCGCAAAUUCCCAGGGGUAAUUCGCAAGGACCGAGAAGCCGCACUGCCAGGAGGCUGCCCCCGCCUGCGCAGCCGGGUCCUCACUGUCCGAGGCUGUUAGCACAGAGCCUCGCGGGCCUGGGAGAGGCGGGACGCGGGGGAUGGCCUCGCAGCGCCCUGUGGACGUCGGCAUUAGUCGUCAGGCAGCCAGGGCUCCUUGGGCGAUCGCCCCGGGUGGAGGAGAGGAGUUUCCGGGGCUCGGGUCCCGGUCGCCUUCCAGGGGCACGAGCGCGGAAGCAAGUGGGCGGUGAGAGGCGGAGCGAGGGACGCGGGGGGCGUGGACUCAGCCGGCUUUGGAAAGGCCCCAAGUUAAUGAGGCGUGCGCCGGCUGCCGAGCGCCUCUCGGAGCUGGGCUUUCCCCCGCGGUGCGGGCGCCAGGAGCCGCCUUUUCCGCUGGGUGUCACUCGGGGGUGGGGAAGAUGGCCCAUUCAAAAGCGCCGCGAGGGGGCCAAGCCAGUGCCCUUCAGUGAGCGCUCGCAAGAGGACGGCAGAGGCCCGGCGGCUCGCAGCUUCGGGACCUUGUGGCGCAUCAGGACGCGGCUGUCCCUCUGCCGGGACCGAGAGCCGCCGCCGCCGCUCUGCCUUCUGCGUGUUAGCUUCCUCUGCGCGCUCCGGGCAGGCGGCCGUGGGAGCCGCUGGGGCGAGGACGGCGCGCGGCUGCUGCUGCUGCCCCCGGCCCGAGCGGCUGGAAGCGGAGAGGCCGAGCCUAGCAGCGGCCCCGCUUAUGCUGGGAGGAUGCUGGAGAGCAGCGGCUGCAAGGCGCUGAAGGAGGGCGUGCUGGAGAAGCGCAGCGACGGGUUGUUGCAGCUCUGGAAGAAGAAGUGCUGCAUUCUCACCGAAGAGGGGCUGCUGCUCAUCCCGCCCAAGCAGCUGCAGCAGCAGCAGCAGCAGCAGCAACAGCAGCAGCAGCAACAGCAGCAACAGCAGCAACAGUCCGGGCAGGCGCCGGCGGAGCCGUCCCAACCCAGCGGACCCGCUGUCACCGCCCUCGAGCCGCCGGUCAAGCUCAAGGAAUUGCACUUCUCCAACAUGAAGACCGUGGACUGUGUGGAGCGCAAGGGCAAGUACAUGUACUUCACUGUGGUGAUGGCAGAGGGCAAGGAGAUCGACUUUCGGUGCCCGCAAGACCAGGGCUGGAACGCGGAGAUCACGCUGCAGAUGGUGCAGUACAAGAAUCGUCAGGCUAUCCUGGCGGUCAAGUCCACGCGGCAAAAGCAGCAGCACCUGGUCCAGCAGCAGCCCCCGCUGGAGCAGCAGCCGCAGCCCCAGCCCCAGCCCCAGCCGCAACCUCAGCCCCAAACCCAACCCCAGCCCCAGCCCCAGUCACAGCCCCAGCCUCAGCCCCAACCCAAGCCUCAGCCCCAGCAGCCCCACCCGUAUCCGCAUCCACAUCCACAUCCGCACGCUCAUCCGCAUCCGCACCCGCACCCUCACCCUCACCCGCACCCGGUGCACCCGCAUCCGCGCCAAAUACCGCACCCGCACCCACAGCCGCACUCGCAGCCGCACGGACACCGGCUUCUCCGCAGCACCUCCAACUCCGCCUGAAGGGGGCAGCUCCCGGGCCAGACAAGGUUUUGAGGACUUGAGGAAGUGGGACGAACACAUUUCUAUUGUCUUCACUUGGAUCGAAAGCAAAACGGUCUCCCCGCCCCGCACCAGAUCAAGUAGUUUGGACAUUACCCUACUGAAAACUUGCGAUUCUUCUUAGUUUUCUACGAUGCAGGAAACGAUUUCAAGUCAAGAAGACUUUAUUUAUGAACCUUUGAAAGGAUCUUCUAGCACGGUGAAUUUUAUAGGAGGGAUGAUGUACUGUAAUUUUAUUUUAAUGUAUUUUGAUUUAUGGUUAUUUAUUAGUUUUUUUUAAAUGCUUGUUCUAAGACAUUUCUGAAUGUAGGCCAUUUGUCAAAAAGGAAACAUUAUUUUCAAAAACCUAUUCCAUAGUAAGUCCUUAUCUCGGAAAAUAAAAAAGGGCGGUGGAGGGAAAAACAUGAAUCUAUUCAUUAUUCCUAGAGUAUUUUCAGAAAGUCUGACACUUUUCAUUGUUAUGCCAGGUGGUUGAAAUUAAACUCUGAUACUACUUUUUUUGAGUUUUUUUUUUUUCUUCCCGUAGACAUAGAGUUUGUAUAGAAGUUUUAAAAAGCUAAAAGUUCAAAAUGGUGUAAUUUAUGAAAAUCUAACACUCGAGAUAGUUUCUAAAAGGAAAUCAGUAGUGAGGACACCUGAUUUCAAAAUAUUUAAAACAUAACCUAACUGAUGGUAGGAUGAUUAUAUCUCGAAUAUGUGGUAGGGUCACAUUUACUGUAGGAAAACCUAGCUUAUAUCGUCUGUGUGUAAAGGGCUUGAUAAGGAGAUGAGGCCUUUUAAAUGACUUAUAAGUACGUUUGCUGUUUUAUUUCAAAAGUGUUGUGGAGGCAAAGAGUAGAUUUAACUUGUGUAAGAAAAUAUUUGUGCUCCUGUCCAGGCUGGGAGACCUUUCUCUGAAAGCUUUGCACACUUGACUUGAACCACAUUUUCUGAUCCCUUUACCUUGUUUUAGAAACACACUGAAAAAUCUCGUCGUUUAAAUUACAAUUUGUAGAUAUUUCGAAGGUCUAGGAGUCAUAACUUUUUAUUUUCAUACAGAAAAUGAUGUUGAACAGAGAAACCAACUGUUUUGCUUUUCAUUGCUCGGUGAGAAAUGUGAGGAUUCUGUUUUGUUGUUAGGUUAGUUAAACUCAGAGAUUGAAAAGGAAAAGACUGGAUAAACACAGGAUUUUCAGUAAGAAAACAACCCCAGUCUUGUGUUAGAAGCCACUUGUUAAGGAGUCCGGGGGGAAAAAAAGAGGAUGCGCUUUUAAAGGUAGAACAAACCUUCUUCUGUGUUAAAUCAAAAGGAUGGUCAAAAUCCACCAGGGCAGAUGCUACUUAAGUUUAAAUGGAGCCAUAGAUGAUACCAAGUCCUCUUGGGGCUGAAAAUCACUUCCUAUCUGCAUGGCUUUACUAACUGGUUUCUGUUUUCCAUUAUCUUUUUCACAGAAGGUCUUGGUCAGUACUUUUCCGGCAUUUCAAUGGAAAUGGUCAGUAUUAGACCACUGCUAGGUUAUGUAGUCAAGAAAUAAAAAACAGAAUUGUAUGCUACAGAUGUCUUCAUUCUCCUUCCAUCUGGAAAGGAAUUCCAAGGUCAAAUUACUUUUAAUGUAAUAAAUGAUGACAUUUUGAGAUCAUAAUUCUUAUCCAAAAAGUUGCAGGGAAAAUUAAAGCAAAUGGCAAACAAAACUUAGGUGGACUCCCACUUCCAGUGGUUGUGUAGGUUGCAGUUAUGAAAAAAUGCUGCCAACAUUCAAAAACUCAUUUCAUAUGUAUAUAUGUAUACACAUAUAUGAAUAUGUAUGUGUAUAUAUAUAUGCAUCUGAGAGCAUGUAUGUGCACAUAUACGCAUACAUAUAUGUAUGUGUAGAUGAAUACAUAUAUAAAUAUAUAGGAAUACAUAUAUGAAUAUGUAUAUAUAUACAUGUAUGUAUAUAUGUAUAUGAAAUGAGAGCCAGAUCUAAAAAUUUCUCAAAUCAAGUUUGGUUCAGUUUCCUUAGGACUACAAGUGUACUUUUUGAGAAUUGCCUCAUAGUACUAUACUUUUAAUACAUGCAAAUCAUAAUAACUCCAAAUGAACCAUGGUUUUUUCCCAAUGGAGAAUUUAUCUUUUAAAUUCUUGU